GCUUCGCUCUUCGCUUGGAAUCCUCAUCUACCAGGUCGCGCCACGUACGGCUUAGGGCCAGGUGUAGACGGCUAUGAAGGCGCUAUCGAUUUGCAAUAUCCCUCCUUGGCGAACCGCAUGCACUCUCCGACGCUGCACUCACGACCCGGUCGUUCUCCGAGGCAGCGAGCUGUGUUUGCCCGAGACAUCACAUUCACCCCGGCGUUCGACCUGGUGGCCUCACCGCUGUUCCCCCAGAGCGUACCGCCUUCUCCGUCACUGCCUGUAGUUGCUCCAGAAGCUCCAGCCGCGGCCCAAACAUCCCCCAUGCGGAAAACCAAGCGAGGCGAUCGCUUUGCUCUAUCCGGGACACGCUCGCAGGCGUUCUGGCUAGCGUUGUACUUUGCAUUCAACCUCGGUUUAACGCUUUACAAUAAAGGCGUGCUGGUGCGCUUCCCGUACCCGUACACGCUAACGGCAGUGCAUGCGUUUUGUGGCAGUCUCGGAGGAUAUGUGCUGAGAAGGAAGAAGCUUUACACUCCGGCAUGUCUGGACGCGAAAAGCUAUGCAGUGCUCGCGGCGUUCAGCGUGCUUUACGCGGUCAAUAUCGCGGUCAGCAACAUCUCAUUACACCUCGUAACCGUCCCUUUCCACCAAGUCGUGCGGGCCGCGACACCUAUAUUCACCACCCUCCUUUCCGCUCUCAUUCUCGGAACCCGCUUAAGUGCGGAGCGGUUAAUCGCUUUAGCACCCGUCAUGUUUGGCGUUGUCCUCGCAACCUAUGGCGACUACUCCUUCACGUACAUGGGCCUCCUACUGACGCUGCUCGGUGCCAUUCUUGCCGCCCUCAAAACAAUCUACACCAACGCUCUUCAAUCUCGAACACCAUCGACCGCGACCGCCAAACUCGCGAGCCGAUCCAGCUCAUCUAGCUUCCUAAACACCCUCAUUAUACCCCCACCACUGAACCUCCACCCACUCGACCUCCUCGCACGCAUGUCUCCACUCGCUUUCGUACAGUGUGUCGGGUACGCCUACCUCUCUGGCGAAUUCGCACGCAUGCGCGACCCCGCACCCAGCGCUAGCGCACCUGCGUUAGCCUGGUGGCACCUGUUCCUGCUCCUCAUCAACGGAUGCAUCGCGUUCGGCUUGAACGUUGUCAGCUUCACCGCGAACGGAAAGGUCGGCGCGCUGAACAUGACGGUUGCAGCGAACGUCAAACAAGUUCUGACCAUCGUGCUCGCGGUGGCGGUCUUCAACCUCACGAUAUCACGCGUCAACGCCCUCGGGAUCGGAAUAACCCUGCUCGGAGGGGCAUGGUACGCGGGCAUCGAGUAUCGGGCAAAAACGCAAAAGAAGACGCGGCUGUCUGCGGCCCCAUAG